CUUCGUGGCAAGAUCCACAAAAAUUAUCCCUUUGCCUCUCUUGCGUUCUUUAGCUGCAAAAUGAUUGACCCUGGAUCAAAAUCAUUAGAGAUCAUCGAGAAAUGGUUUGUUGUUUCUGGAUUCACUUCACUGUUGAUGUGGUUGUGAUGUAAUUUCAUGGAGAUGUGGAAACUAAAACCGGUUUUCACUUCUCUCAGAAUGAGGAAGUGGUCGGGAGGCAUGUUUAUCAUGGUUCUUGCCGUGGUCUUAGUCAUCAGAUAUGGUGCUUUAGAAAAUCGGCCAGAGAAGCAAUCCGAAUCUGAUCAAAGUGUAUCCAUGAGUCACACAGUGGAUGAUUCUCGGGUAAGAUCAUCCAAGAGAGUUUGGGAACCGGGGAAGAAGCCACGUUUUGCAAAUCCCGAGGAUCUUGAUUAUCUAUUUUUGGGUAAGAACGUUUCUAAGGACGAGUUGAAGGCAUUACUCGUUUGGUCUCAUCUGCAUAGUGUUCUCGCAAGGCCCGAUGCUCUGUCAGAAACUGCUCAAGGGGUCAAAGAGGGAGCUUUAGCCUGGAAAGGUUUGGCUUUUCUGAUUGACGAACAGAAGAGAGUUUCAGAUACAGAAAGCGACAACAUGAGAAAGUGUCUGGCUUCUGUUCGUUCGGGUGAUAAUGCUGAUUUGUCGGGGUUGAGGCCUGUGCUGGAGCUUCCGUGUGGGUUAAACGAAGAUUCCUCCAUAUCUGUGGUCGGAAUUCCUGAUGAACAUUCUAAGGGUUUCCAGAUUCAGCUCGUUGGAGCAGAGCUAUCAGGCAAAGCCAAUAGUCCCAUUGUCUUGAAUUACAAUGUGAGCUUUUGUGGUGAUAGCAUUGCAGAAGGGCAAUCCAUUGUGCAAAAUACAUGGACCGAGCAGCUUGGAUGGGGUAAAUCUGAACGAUGCCCUGGCCAUGAAUCAUCGAAGAAUCAAAGAGUUGACGAGCUUUCGCUCUGUAACGAGCAAACCGUUAGAAGCAUUUUGGAGGAUAGUCAGAAUGAAAACCGACCCAGUAGUGAGACAACGAUGAAUUUUCCUGGUGGAGAUGGUAAUUUCCCGUUUCUCAAAGAUAACUCGUUCACAGCCACAUUGUGGGUUGGGUCAGAAGGUUUUCAUAUGACGGUAAACGGACAGCAUGAAACGUCAUUUGCUUACAGGGAGAAUCUUGAGCCGUGGUCAGUGACCACAGUCAAAGUGUCUGGUGGUCUGAACUUGUUAUCUGCCUUAGCCACAGGCUUGCCCGUUCCCGAUGAUUAUGGUUUAACCAUAGAUGAGAAACUUAAAGCUCCGUCUCUGUCUCUUUCUGGACAAAGAUUAGAGCUGUUGAUCGGUGUUUUCUCCACUGGAAAUAAUUUUAAACGUCGUAUGGCACUGAGAAAGUCUUGGAUGCAAUAUGAGGCAGUAAGAUCUGGGAAAGUGGCCGUUCGAUUUCUCAUUGGCCUCCAUACGAAUGCACAAGCCAACUUAGAGAUGUGGAGAGAAGCUCAAGUGUAUGGGGACAUUCAGUUCAUGCCUUUUGUUGACUACUAUGGCCUAAUUAGCCUGAAAACAAUCUCACUCUGCAUUCUCGGGACCAAAGUCAUCCCAGCAAAUUACAUUAUGAAAACAGACGACGAUGCCUUUGUCCGGAUCGAUGAACUCCUAUCGAGUCUUGCAGAAAAACCAUCAAGAGCACUCUUGCACGGUCUCAUAUCGUUCGAUGCAUCACCAGACCGUGAACAAGGCAGUAAAUGGUGCAUCAGUAAAGAGGAAUGGCCUCGAGAUUCAUAUCCUCCAUGGGCGCAUGGCCCGGGCUACAUCAUUUCCCGAGACAUUGCAAAAUUUGUGGUGAAGGGUCACCGAAGAGGAGAUCUCAAAUUUUUCAAGCUCGAAGAUGUUGCGAUGGGCAUAUGGAUUCAACAAUACAACCAGACCGUUCAGACAGUGAACUACGUCAACGAUAAACGGUUCCACAAUUCGGGGUGCGAGCCAGAUUACGUUCUUGCUCAUUACCAAGGCCCUCGGCUGCUAUUGUGCCUAUGGCAGAAGCUGCAGAGAAACCACUCCACAUGCUGCGAAUAAAUCUCCGAUUUCUUGAUAAAGAUCGAAACUUUUUUCACAGUUUUCUUUGUUUCCUUCCAUAAUCAAAUAUUGUGUAACUGUAAGAUUUGAGCCUUGUGCGAAGGUGUUGUUUAGUUGUGUUAGAAAGUGAAGUGUCUGUUCUAACUUACAAUGGCCCUCACGUUUAGGGUUUUUCCUGUCUUAUUUGUCGGAUUAUUACAUUCUCU